CAAAAUUCCACGAAUCAGUCCGCCAGCACCAACAUCCAGUCAAUAUCCGAAAGUAUUUUUGCAUGAAGCUGGUUGUAUAAACAUACCACAACUGCUCACUGUCGACAACUAGUGUGUCCUGCCAUGGCUGCUGUAUCAACCCCGCCGACGGCGUCCAAACCCUUAGCAGCUGAAGAGUCGCCGCCAACGACAUUCGAUAUCGUGGCUUCCUACAACUCGCUGAUCGAAAGCGACCCAAAUAUCACACCUCCCAUUGCGGCUAUAGAAUCACUGAUCAACCUCCUCGCAACAUCGCCCUUGACAACCAUCUCGGAAACGCUCGCCCUUUUAGCGAGCCACUCCCUAAGACUGCUCGAGUCGCAACGCAACCCGAUUCCACUCUCUGCUGGGACGGAGCUGUUUCAACGGUACUUGAUCAGCUCAUUCCAGCAACGGCCGUCAUCGCUGGCGACAUCCGACUUCACCGCGCUACGCCAUCACAUAAUAACCCAGUCGUCUCUAUUUGUCAAACGCGCAAAUGAAGCCCGCCUUAAGAUCGCCCAUCAUGCCUUGCCAUUCAUCAAAGAGGACUCCACGAUCAUCACCUACGGAUACAGCCGGGUCGUCCACGCCGUGCUGACUGCAGCGGCAGAAUCAAAGCGCCAUUUCAACGUCAUCUAUGUGCUUCCCCCAACAGGAGUCUCGUCGGCGCUCGCAGAUUCUAUCACCUCCCUCCACAGCCUUUCCAUUGCCACCACCACAAUUCCGCUGCAUGCUUUGACGUACGCACUAGCCUCCUUGCCGCCCUCCCGCGCCACACCACCACAGUUCCUCAUCGGCGCCACCGCGGUCUUGGAGAACGGCUCCAUCGUCACGGAGCUCGGCGCGCACCAGAUCGGACUUAUCGCCAAGACCAGCUCCAUCCCCUUGCACGUGUGCGUGGAAUCGUACAAGUUUGUGGGCAACUUUCCGCUCGGGUAUGGGCCGAGUGAUCUCCGAAGAAUGGGGGUCGAACAGGACGUCUUGCGCUUCUCCACCAGCGCGAACACCGCAGCUCCCAAUUCGGACACCGGAAACCAGAAGAAAGAAGGAAGGACCGGCCCCAAACCGCUACCCAAGGAUAAAAACAAUGCUGCGGGACACGUGGAUGAUUGGAUGGUGGAAAUCACGCCGCCGGAACUGAUCUCGGCCCUCAUCACAGAAAACGGCCUCAUGACCCCCAACGCCGUCAGUGAGGAGUUGAUCAAAUUGUGGUUCUGAUCUGGCCUGGUGGUGUUGGCCCGCGCUCGUGACCUGGUUCGGGUCAGGGGAGAUGCGUGUGGCAGAGUCGACCGGGAUGCAGCGAACGUGGAACAUCUUGCACUCAGCGCCCAAUGGGAUGGCGUAGCAAUGACGAAUGACACGUUUGACACGAACGCAUUAGCCGCGGCGAUGCGAGAAGUGGUCGAACCGCAAGGAGUCCACGCGAUUGAGACCCGAAUGGCCAUUGCACGAACACGAUCCCCACGAGAAUCGAAUGGAAUCAGACCCAGGCCGAGGGAGAAGAGUAUUAAGAAAAAGUACAUGUAACAAGUGGCAUCACCCGAUCCAACCGAAUGACCAAUCGUGAAGGUCAAGGUCAAUAGAUCGGAUCCCACAAUGCGCCUGUGUCGCCACGGAACCGGAGACGGGAGACGGUGUUGACAGACAAGCUGUGGUAAUUACCCCGGUGGUCCCGGCGUCAGGGUGCAGCACAACUUCGGUGUUGAGCACCGCAAGUGUCGAUCGUUGAUGGUGAAGAGCAAGGUCUCGCCUUAUCAAAUACGCCGGAUUAUGCGAUGCACUUCGUGGUUGAAGGGCCCAUCAGAACGUAAUGAGAAAAGAAAAGAGGCAGAGCUACGAGGGUGAGGGCGAGGGCGAGAGCAAGGCUCUGAUGAAAGGAUACGAACUGUGUACGAGUUGAUGAUGGGCGAGGUGGUGUCGCAAAGAUACAGUUUGAUCCUACAUUGCGGGUCUCUGGACUCAGGAAGGACCGUGUCUGCGUUUUGUACGACGCCAAAGGAUUUCCGUGCCCAAAGCCAGCCCAAGCCCAUGAGACGGGAACAAGGACCGAGUGUAAAGCGAGGAUCGCUGGAGGGCAUGAUGGCUGCAUACUCGUAUGUCGCCUAAACUGGCCUUCUUCCUGGAUGCCUUCCACAAACGACUGAUUUUCCUCCAGCGCCUUGCUGUGCAACAUGCAUUCAUUAAAUCAUUCAGAAUCUUGGUUUUCCCCAACCACGUCGGCAUGCAGAUAUUUUAUGGACAAGAAACCAACGGGCCGCAUGGAUAUGUGGCGCUGUAGAUCACCAACAUCAAGUGAGG